AUGGAUUGGAAGCUCCAUGGCAGAACACUGGAGCCCCAGAAACUCGUGGUGACAGGUCCCUGUAUAUUCAAGCCAAUUCUCUCCCACGUGGGAAAAGCACAUUUCUGUGGUGAUUAUGGCAUGAUUGAUGAGUCGAUCUACUUCAGUAGUGAUGUUGUGACUGGCAACGUGCCUCUAAAAGUUGGACAAAAAGUUAAUGUGGUUGUGAAAGAAGAUAAAACACUUUAUGGAUUGAGAGCAAUCAAGGUGGAUGUUGUGCCUCACCAUCUUUAUGGUGCUGGACCCUCAUACUCAGGAACCAGAGUUUUAAUUGCAUAUGUUACUUCUAUAUGUGAAGACAUUAUUUAUAUUAGUAACAGCAUUUAUUUCUCCAUAGACAUUGUUUCUGAAGAUUUUGUCCCUUAUAAAGGUGAGUGGUUAAAAGUUGAAUAUUCCACUGAACCAGGCUUCCCAAACUCCAAGGCAAGCUCUGUGAAGCCCACCCAUUGCAUUCAUGCGGAAGUGGUCUGCAUUACUAGCGUACAUGGAAGAAAUGGGGUGAUAGAUUAUACUAUCUUUUUCACCUUGGAUUCUGUGAGACUUCCUGACGGAUACGUACCUCAACUAGAUGAUAUCGUCAAUGUGGUCAUGGUGGAGAGCAUUCAGUUCUGCUAUAUUUGGAGAGCGGUUUCUAUCACCCCAGCGCGCAAAAAUCCAGCAGCGGAUUCCAGGAUGACGGAGGCCUGGGACGGCCCAAAAGGGAACGUCGGAGCCAAAGCAUUUAACUGAAAAGGCAUCAGGGACAGCAUGUUAAAGCAUCACCAAGCACUUAGAAGAGGUCCUACAGGAUUGGGAUUAGUCAUACACUCUUAAUCCAAUGAGUGGUGUCCUUAUAAGAAGAGGUGUAUUGGACACACAGACAGAUG